AUGAGGUCAUACAUCACCAUAUUAGCUGAGAGGAGGGGUGGCGUCGCAACGGCGGUGAGAGGGGCAGAGGAUGGACCAGACACAGACACACCAGCUGGCAGAAGGGAUGAUAUCUCACUGCAUGAUGCGGCUACUACCACCACAGUCACAAGAGAUGUAGAAGGAGGAGAAGAUGUGGCAAUGAAAGUGAUGCUCCCGCGGCUCAUUGACACUUGUCUUCAUCUUCAACCUGGCUUUCUUGACAGUCACAGAGGCCGCAGCCGCAUCACAAAGACAUUUAUUCACUAG